AUGGAAAGUCCAUCGGAAGAACUGGUGGAAGAUAUUUUGACGAACAAGACAUGGACAUCCGCCGUCCAGCAAGAUGGACUCCUGUCCCAUGAGCGAGAGGACCUUGUAGAGCGAGUUGCUUAUCUGGAGAAGAAGGUAACACAGCAAGAAGAUGAGAUCAUUUGUCUCAAGUCUGCGCUUGCUGAUGUCAUCCGCAGACUGGCCACCAUAGAGUCCUCAGCAACACAGAACAGUGUUUUGCUUCCCUCUAAGCCUACAUUACGCACUCCAGCUCGUCGGCCCAUCAGUGAACGUAAGUCACACCUUAGUGCACUGGAAAAUGUCAACAUGGCUGGUGCAUCCCACCGAAACUCUGCUCCUCCCAUGUCGUUACGAUCUCCCCGUUCUGCCACCUCCCACUCAGGUUCUUCUUCUGCCCACUCGCAGCAGUUGAAAAAGUGGUCAUCACUGUCCAAUUCUGCUGACAUGUCUAGUUCACAGCUGACCGCCAACAGCUGUGCAGAAACUGCUUAUAUUGGCAUUUAG